GAUGGACCGAUGUACCGGAUUUAUCAGUAAGAGUAGGCUGGGCCCGGGGCGUAAGAUUGUAGGGGGCGGCAAAUUAAAAUUGUUAUUAGGUUUCACAUGACCUACCGUGCCUGGCUGAAUUGGCAGUAAUUUCAAUUCAAUGACUAAUUUCACUCCCAGACCAGCAUAGAUUGGUAUAUCAAUCACUUUAUUGCAACGACGUUGUAGCUCCGUUAUUUCUAUAGGUUUUGUUCACCGUUGAUCCAUCCACGGAUGCCAACGUGACGGAGCAAUGGGGCAUUGUUCAUAUUCCGAGGACAUAUAGAAAGAAAUACAUCUAUCGCAUAUCUUAUUCAGCGUAAGACAUGCCUAAUGAUUAUGUUAAAGUAUUUUUUUAAAUGAAAUUUAACAUUUUAUUUUGUUAGUAUAGCUGUAUUGUUUGUUAUUUUUUUAUGAUACUAUUAUUACGUAAUUGUAUGUUUGUACCUUGUUAUUAAUAGGACAUCAAUUACUUAUAAGUGAGACACUAGGCUUCAUUAUUAUAAGUAUAUAUAAGUAAAAAAUAUAUUAUUGUAAAUAAAUAAUGGAAACCAAACGUAUUUGCUCAUGUUGAAUUAUAAAAUGUAUAUUACACAACUAGCUGCGCCCCGGGGCUUGGCUUCCCUGGGAAUUACGGGGUAAAAAGUACCCUAGUUGUUGUUCCAGGUUAUAUUCUAUGCGCGUACUAAAUUUUUAAAAUUAAAAAACUUUCGUAUUUAGUUAGUUAGGAUACUUUAUAAAUCGUAGCAACAUUUUUGUUGUUCGAAUGUUAUCUUCCAAAUACUUUUAUUUUAUAAACAUGUUUGACCGCCUCUGCAACGAUUUUUUUCAAUAAAAAUAAUACAAAACGGGUAAACCAACGAACAGAAAUUAGGUACAUAUAUUUUAUAAAAUCGAAAAACAAAACGUGUCUAUAUAAACACGACUCAUUGCCAUGUUGUGACACAAUGAUUUUAAAUAAAAUACACCAAAGAUGAAUAUCAAUAUUACGUAUUGUUAUCUAAUGUUUCUUGUGCCAAUAACUGCUAAGACCACCCCGUUGCUGGGUAGUUCAAAGACUCUUAUUAGAUUAAUGCCGAAAGCGCCAACAUUUGCCGACAUAGCGUCAAAGAACGGCUUCGAUUGUGAAGUGUAUAAUGUGACUACAGCAGAUGGGUACAUCCUUGGACUAUUCAGAAUCCCAGGAGACAAGAAGAGGCCUGUGCUGUUGAUGCACGGGAUUUUGGAUUCGGCUGACGAUUAUAUCAUGAGGCAAAAUUCUUCGUUGGCGAUCACCUUGGCUCGCGAAGGUUUCGAUGUCUGGGCUGGCAACAAUCGAGGGAACAGAUAUUCCCGCAGACACAUCUUCCUUAAUCCAGACACUGAUGCAAAAUUCUGGGACUACUCUUUUCAUGAGAUGGGGUUCUUCGACCUCCCAGCGAUUAUUGACUUCAUACUCUCAAGCACAGAGACGUCCAAACUCAGCGCUGUCGGCCAUUCCGAAGGCACAACUAUAUUUUACGUGCUAGGUUCAACCAGACCGGAGUACAAUAGCAAAAUUAGUGUCUUAGCUUCCUUAGCUUCUGUAGUGUACCUUCAUCACUCCAAAGGACUUCUCCCGAUCGCGAUGAAACUAGCCCUUGCGAUGAACAGAGUGAUAAAAUCAAUGAAUUACCAUGAAGUGUUCGGAUUCAACUCAAAUUUAAAAGUAGUUUUGGCCAAAUUUUGCGGUAGUCCUGUUGGCUACGAAAUCUGCAAUGAGAUAGCAAUUUCUUCAGUUUUUGGAUCAGAUCCUAAACAGUUGGAAUACGAUUUUACACGAAUUUUAUUGUGGAAUUUUCCAUCGGGGACUUCUAGAAGAAAUUUAAUGCAUUACGCCCAAGUUGGAACGACUGGUGUGUUCGCUCAAUUCGAUUACGGAUCAGAGAAAAAUUUGGAAGUAUAUGGAUCGAAGAAUGCUCCAGUCUACAACCUGACUAAAGUGACUUUCAAUGUGGGUUUAUUUCUCGGAGCUAAUGACUUAUUAUCCACGGCUGAAGACGUGGAGCUCUUGAAGAAGAAACUGCCUCAUGUCGUGGAAUAUAAUGUCGUGAAUUAUCCUAUGUGGAACCAUAUAGACCAUAUCGUUGGUAAAUAUAUGCCGAAGUAUUUGUUCCCCAAAUUACUGAAACUACUUAGGACGUAUUCUUAAAUAAGUAACAAUAGUUUGCCAGCGCCCCUGCCCCUGGUGACAAGAAGGCUGCUUUUUCACACAAAUAAAUUGUUGAUGCAAGGGUGGUCACCUUGAAACUAUACGGUCGGUUGGUAAUUUGUUUUUACCUCUUAAAGUAUUUUUUUUUUAAAUCCAACUAAUGUAAACAUAAAUUGCCAAUUAUACUAAUUGACGUUUUAGGCUUUAACACAGCGUAUGUGUAUCAUACGGUUGUUCGAAAAAUAAUCAGCAAAGUUAUUGAUGUGCAUGCAACGUGAUUUUUAGGAUUAACUGUUUAUAGUUUAUUCCGAAAUGCCAGUAGUUUGCAGAUUUUUGAGAAAUUACUAUAUUUUAUAUUUGUUGUGAAAAGGUCCAAUUUCUGAAUGAAUUUAACCAUGGAAUACAUAUACAGUUAAAUACAUUUUAUUUUUUACCCAAAGAAAAACUCGUGUACGUUUUGCCUACAUAUUUUUUAAUUGUCUGUUAUUUUAACUGGAAUGUUUGCACAAGAAAGAACCAUUUUAUUAUCAGAAGAUACGAGUACAUUCUUUUAAAAUUCCUCUUGACAAAACAUUUAUAUAUAGUUAGUACUUUAAUAUACCAAUGCACAUAUUCAUACAGUAAUAUAAUACAGGAAAGUACUUAUUAUUCAAAUAUAGUGACAAAACUUUA